AUGCCGGUAAAUAGUGAGAGCAAACAGUGGCAGGAACGGCCUGCAAUAGCUAAGUCUCAGUUUGUUAUGCUGGGUUCCAAGCAGCAACUCGCCAAGUCGGUAACCCCCUAUCUGAAUAUUGGUUCGUCAUCAAUUACUCCAGUGAAGAAAGUUCGAAAUCUUGGAGUUAUUUUUGACUCCAAUAUGACCAUGGAGUCACAAGUAUCAUCAAGUGUUAAACUUGCGAUCCACAGUCUCCGCAAUCUUCGUGCUAUUCGCAAGUAUCUCACCACAAAGGCGGCUGAGCAGCUUGUGCAUGCAUUUGUUACAUCCCGCAUCGAUUGUUGUAACUCUUUACUCUAUGGCAUCCCUAUGUCUCAAGUUAAGAGGCUCCAGGUUGUUCAGAAUGCUGCUGCCCGUCUCGUGACAUAUACACGCAAGUUCGCCCACAUCACUCCAGUCCUUAAAUCCCUGCAUUGGCUUCCUGUUGAACAUCGUCUCACCUACAAAAUCCUUCUGAUCACAUACCGUGCCUUGAAGUUCUCCUCGCCACAGUACAUCUCUUCUCUACUUAACUUUCGCAAGCCUGGUCGUUCUGGUCUGCGUUCUGCCAAUACAUCAACUCUGAUCAUCCCUAAGACCAGACGAUCAUGGGGAGAUCGAGCAUUUGCCUCAGCAGCUCCCCGAUUGUGGAACAGUCUCCCUAACACACUUAAGGACUGUAAAUCAGUAGAUAGUUUCAAGGCCAGCCUGAAAACUUAUCUAAUGGGCAACUUUAACUAA